UGUAUGUUCAUAACACGAGAGAUAUUCUAUUCAAUCAGUUCAUGCCCAGUUAAAUUUUGCAGUUACAAAAAUAAUUCGAAUUUCUACACUUUGGAAAUAAUUUUCGUGAAAUGAACACGGACCGGAAACGCCGAAUGGGGCGAGACGUACAAGAACUACCCGAGAAAGCUCAACGGUUUCUGGAAAGAUGUCCCGGCAUUGUUAAGGCGAGCAGGACGUUAUAUUUAAACGAGUGUAGGGAGAGUUCCGUGUCCUAUAAAACUGUCGAGGAUCACAUAAUUUAUUUCCUGCCUUUCAUGGAGGAAGCGAUGGUAUUGGAAGAGAAGAUUGAGAUCUUACCGACUCAUUGGGCCAAUGCUUUUCUUCACUUUGACUUAUCAAAGAUUGCGGAGACACUGUGUAGCGCUAUAUUUUCUGAGGAGGACUUAAUCCAGAGGAAUAAAUUUGGCAGGGUCGACCAAUUACCCAGUAUUAAAAGGGUGGUCAUACUCAGAGCAUCGAAAUGGAUGCUGAACAAAAAUCAGAAUCCUUGGUCCUACGAACCAACUGAAUGGCCAAAUGAUAAAGAGACAGCUAUAAUUAAUUCAGUUUUUGGGACAUUUGAAUCCGUUUGUCCCACCACGAGUAGCGACUCUAUCCCGUUGCCCACCGAUAUUUUGGACUUUGACAGAUGCGAUGCUAAAUUAAACGCCAAAAUUGAGCAAGACCCCGUUACCAUGGUAACCGAGGCGGAUGACAGCCCAACAGUAAACCCGUCAGAUCCUCGCAGCGUGGAUGACGCCUUGGAAAGGACUUUUCGUCAGCUCGACUACAGUAAAACGUUUACCAGGAUAAUCCAAUUGGGCAAAUUAGGCUCCAUCCCUUCCCUUGGAAAUCAUACACAAACGGUUCAAGCACUGACGAAGUUAACAAUCCCAGAAAAUACGGAUAUUUUUGUGGACGCCGUUCAAUUUUCUGCGGAACGCUGGCAUGCAGCCAAAAAGUGUGAAACUAUUAAAAAAUGUGCGGAAAAACUGUUCGCCAAAUAUUGGCGUACAGAUUGCCAAAAUUCAGGAGGAAAAUUAUUCAACUUUGAGGAUGUUUGCCCUGUAAAACGUUUAGCCAUUUACCGUGCCGCAAAAUUUUUAAUUGUUCAGGCCAAGACAAAUUCAACCACCAUCUUUGACUCGACGAUACCUGAACAUAACGUUUUCCCCACGGAACAAGAAAUCAUUGAAAUCUCAGAAACUCUCACGCAAACUUUUUCCGCUCGACAAUCACUUCUACGUGACCACAGUAAUAGAAACGAUCCUUCUUACAAGCAAAUUUGGAAAACAUCAAGUCACCUCGUCCCCCAACGAAUUAUUGGCCAGGGGUCCUUCGGCUCGGUAUGGCUCGCCGAAGGACAUGGAAAAGAGUUAUUUGCCGUCAAAGUAACCAGACUUGAGGAGCCAAUAAUCAAGGACACAGUUUUAGAGACUUCCUCCACAUGGCGGCAUGCCAACGUGGUCCGUUAUUUUGACUCAUGGAGAGAACCUGAGCAGAUAAGUGCCCAUGAAAACGAACCCACCUCAACCACGCUCUUCAUAAAGAUGGAAUUAUGCGAUGGCGAUCUCGCACAAUUUCUGGAUAAGGAAAAGCAUCAAUUAAAUCCUCCCCUUAAAAUGGACAUUAUCCGUCAAGUAUCUUCCGGACUGGAUUAUCUACAUUCGGAGGUUAAAGUUAUCCAUGGCGAUUUAAAACCGGCCAAUAUUUUGUUUAAAAUGUUACAAAAGGACGUGACGAUAUUUAAGAUUGGUGAUUUCGGCUUGUCCCGUAAUUUAGAGGGUAAUGACAGCUUGGUAUCGACGCCCUUAUACCGUGCCCCAGAGGUGGAAGAAGUCCUGCAUAAUUACACUUCCGCUUCGGAUAUUUAUUCCGCGGGGUUAAUAUUCUGCGAGGUGUUACACAAUUUUGAGCGGGAUGAAAAACGAGCUGUAUUUCAUCUCAUAAAAUACAAGGGGGGACAAGAUGUCGAAUUAUUGUCAUGUUUUUUAGAAAAAUUAAAUUUAGUUGGGGAUAACUUGUCGAGUGUGUGGGAUUCUGGGGUUGGACAAGUUUUGGCAAAAAUGUUAAACCCGGUUGGUAAUCAAAGACCGACAGCGGGAGAGAUUGUAGGGUACUUAAAAAGUAUAAAUAAAUUGGAGGAUAAUUCCCUGGGAUUUACAUAGAUUAUAAAUAAUAUUGUGUUUGAAACUACACAUAUUAAGAAAAACUUAUUUAAUACUAAUUUACAAAGAAAUGGGGAUGAUGCUGAAUCCAUGAAAAUAUUUAUAUCAAAUAUGUACAUAUAAUACCACUUUACCUUCAUGUGACAUUGAAUUAAAUCGAUGUGUGUAGGAUGGAUUAUUGUCAUCAUGUUUUCUGUCAACCGAAGAAAUUAAUUCCAGACGGAUUGGUCCCAACCAGUGGCCUCGGAAACUGUGGGGGGAUCUUGGGGCAUUAUUAAUAACAUUGUUGGAUAGGGGAGGGAAGAAUUUAUCUAAUAUGGGCAGAUGCUGGGGACAUAGAAUUACCGUGGGGACAUUGUCCCGCGGCCACUGGUUUCAACAAUUUGAUUAAUCCAAAGUUGAGUAAUGAUGAAAUUGAAUUUAUUUUGUUGAGUUAAUGGAUAAAAUAAAUAUUUAUUGUAAAGUA